CUAGUGCACGAAAAGAGCUGCUCGCGCCGCACUACUGUGAAUAUCUCUAUAUGCUCAGAGCCAGGACCGGGGAGUGUGCAAAAGAGAGAGAGGGAGAGGGUGAGAGCGAGAGCUAGAGCGAGCGAGGAGGAGAGGUGGAGGGAAUACUGUUGGAUUGUGGAUACAACUGGAAAACUACCAAGCGCGCACAGCACGCACCGAGCGGAAAGCAUAUCGACGGGUGCGUAGCCAACAUUUCUCUGACUCCCGAUCGGAAUCCGGCGAGAAUGGAGCUCCCUGCCGCCGGAGAGCACGUCUUUGCGGUGGAGGGCAUCGAAAAGAAGCGCAUCCGCAAGGGCAAGAUUGAGUACCUGGUCAAGUGGCGAGGCUGGUCCCCAAAAUACAACACAUGGGAACCAGAGGAAAACAUCCUUGACCCGCGUCUCCUCGUCGCGUUUCAACACAGAGAGAGGCAGGAGCAGCUGAUGGGAUAUCGUAAACGGGGGCCAAAACCGAAACAUCUUUUGCUGCAGGUACCUUCGUUUGCCAGAAGGUCCAGCAUCCCUGCAGGUUUUGAGGAAUCAUCUCAGGAUCCAGAAGGCGGCCUCAAGUCAGAUCCCGUCCAGGUCCAGCGCCCCCAGCCUCAGCACUACCAGCUGAACAGCAAGAAGCAUCAUCAGUACCAGCCCAGCAGCCAGGAGGUCCCGGCAGACCAGCUCCAUAACGGCAAGAAGAAGUUCAUCUACCAGCUCAACAGCAAGAAGCACCACCACUACGAGCCCGACCUCAACAUGUACGACGCUCAGGCUUCUAGGCUCAAAGAGGUGGUCAAAGUUCAGGAACCUGCAAGUAAACCCGCAAAUCCUGGCUGGAACCUGCCGCUGGCCCUGCAGCAGAAAUGGGUCCGGGACAAAGACACCGGCUGCUUGAGCAAAGUCAAAGAGCUGGAGGUGAGGAAACCAGCCGUCAAAGACGCUGAGAGCGAACACGCCCUUAAACCCAAUCCUAAAGACGCAACGCUGCCUAACGCGGUCAGCAGCAAAAUGAAGAUAAUCAAGAACAAAAACAAGAACGGACGUAUUGUUAUCGUCAUGAGCAAAUACAUGGACAGCAACAAGGUUCACGGAGCGAAGGGUAAACACGGGGAAUCGUCGAGCGUAGAGAAACCCCAGAACACCAAACCGUCGGAGAACAAUCCAGCACACACAACCAAAAUGGUGGCGUACCCGGAGAACAUUAUCCCCAAAGAGAUCUGUAACGGCAGCUCGCCACCCGCUGCAGAACAUCCCAUCAAGUGUUCCCCGAAAGACAGGCAUUUCUCCAAACCGUCGCCGAGCACAGCCGAGGAAUACAACACGGAGGUGGCUCGUGGUCAGGCUGAUUUACCCGAAGAUUUACCCCUUCAGCUGACCGCAAGCCCGCCUCCAACGUCCUGGGUUGUUGACACCAACAUCCCGACCCCGACAGACAAUGGUCAGAUCAGGAUCCCUUCGUUUCCCAACGAUCGCAAGAGAAAGAUAUCGGAUACCACGGACGAUCGGAGUGUUUGUAAAAGCUACCUGACUUCCAGAAGCUUCAGCGUUCCCAGCACUGUGGUCGCGCCGCCUCAGGACUCGCCGAUGGACCUCCACUGUAGUGGCCCGCGGCACAGCGGCACGCGCACAUAUGAGGCUUUAGACUCUGGCGGCCAAGAGGAGCCGAUGGAUCUCAGCUGCCCAAAGACUAAGAAGCAGGCGGAGCCGGAGAGACAGCCGGAGCCCGAGCCUGUUGUGGAAAACACGACUCCUGUGACGGAAGAAACACAUGAACCCACAGAGAAAUCUAAAGAAGCACCCGUUAAAAAACCCUCCCCUUUCAUGGGAAAUAUCAUAAUCACUGACAUCACCACAAACAGUCUCACCGUCACCUUCAAGGAAUAUGUUUCUUUCUGAGGAACGUCUUGUCAAAAGUUGGACUACCAGCGACCAAUUGGAUGAUCUUGUUUAUAUGUACAUAUGUUAAAAAAAAGAAAAAAAUCAAAAUUUUGUAUAUGUGGAAAUUUAUAAUUUAUCAUCAAAUUUAAUAUGUUUCUUAAAAUGUUUUAUACUGUAACUCCUCUGUGACGUCGUAGCCAAGAAAGUGCCCUCGAGGAUUUGAGCGAAUGCUUUCAGGUGGAAGUAUUCCACUUAAAAAAAAGUCGUCUGUGGUUUUAUACCUGUACCAAACUAAUAACCUGAGAUGUAUGAAGGUUUAUACAUAUUUUGUAUAAAUAAUCACUUAUUUUGGUCCUGAUAGAACUUAGAGAGGAAGACGUUGUGUAUAUGGUGAUCAAAGAUCAAAUUGAAAGCACUUAAAGAACAUUUUUAUUCUUUGCUUUGUGUCAUCACUUGUAGAAAAAAAAAAACAUGUUUUUUUUUGGACAGCAUUUUAAGAGCCAGUGUCCAAAUUUGAACGAGUUUCACGGUGAACCAUGACAGGGAAUGGGACAUGUUGUGAGGGGGGAAGUAGAUGAGGGAGACAGACGGACGGAUUGUGUUUUUGCUAGCAAGCUAACUAAUGAAUCUAAAGCUCUGUGCUGCUAACAUUUUAAGAUUGCUUGGUGGGAGGAUGUCUGGAUAUUUGUUGAUUUAAGCUUACAGAAGCAUGUGUCAUAUUCUGAUUUACAGGUGAAAAAAUUAGAUUCUGACAUAAGCAUACAAAUGAAUAGCCUAAUUUCCUUGAAGGAUUUUUGUUUUUCCUUUCAUCUCAGCUUAAAGUCUUAUUUCAACAAUAUUUUGAAGACAGACCCUCAGACUGACUUGUUGUAUUUUGUUGCAUGAUUAAUUCUGGGCUUAUAUAACACAAUAUUAUCCAACCACAUCACAUGUACAUUUAAAAAGCAGGUGUGUCUGAGUACAUAGUAAACACACUGACAGCUGAAGUUGAAAUAUGUCCCAGGGUUUUUGUUUGCCAUUGAGAUGCAUCAGAGCCAAUCGAACAUGCAGUAGCAGCCCGGUCUGUGGUUAUAUUGCACAUUUCACCUUCAGCAAAUCUAUGAUAUAAAAUGUGACACCCUCCUCCGAAGAGAUCCAUUACUGUUUAGAAAUAGUGUCAUUUAUCAAAUGUCCUGUUAGCGCUACGUAUUGAUUCUAACCAUAAUUAGGGUUUUUGAUUUAUAACCACAUUUGUUAUCUUUAGAAACACUUGCUUGUCUCCUAUAAUGUCAUGCAGAUUAGCAUCGCUCAUCUCACCUUGUUUUUGAGUUAUAUGAUAAAAACAAAAACAAGGUACUACUACUUGCUGUAGAAAAAGCUAGCAGGGUCGUUAAUUAUGCAGAUUUAAUGUGAGGCUGGUUUUGUGCACUGUUUCCAUUAUGCUGCUGAAACUUCAAAUGUCAAAGCUGUUGGAUGUAACCUAACAUUUGAGUCUAAAUUGCCUUCAAUGCACAAUUAAUGCAAAAGCCAGUACGAAUGCUGAGAUGCUCUGAGAAUAAAAAAAAAUGAAGAGUGUAUUUAUUGACGUUAAUAUCCUUGCUUGAAAUCUUAACAUUAAGUUAUCUGAAGCUGCAAGUGAUUCCAUUUCUCUUUUUUGUAUGUUUGCUUCUCUUUGGUCUCUUUUGCUUUGUUUGUUUGUUUGUUUGUUUGUUUGUUGCACUUGGUUCAGAGUCAAAACGAUUGUUACAAAGUUUGUUCUACCACGACUUGAUGGCCUCCUUUGCUGUUGGUACAGCUUAUCGGAUGGUAUGUUUCACAAUAAAGAAACAGAACUUAA